GCGCAGUGAAGCAAGAGCAGAGAGCUUAAUACCAAAGCAGAAACAGAGCCGCUUCUCAAAACCCACCGAGGCUUUCCCAAGAUGAGUACCAUGAAGUUCUGCCGCGAAUGCAACAACAUUCUGUACCCAAAGGAGGACAAGGAGCAGAAGAUUCUACUCUAUGCGUGCCGCAAUUGCGAUCACCAGGAGCCUGCUGAGAACAACUGUGUUUACAGAAAUGAGAUACACCACUCUGUUGGGGAACGCACUCAAGUCUUGCAAGAUGUAGCUGCAGAUCCAACUCUACCUCGCACGAAAGCUGUGCGCUGUGCUCUGUGCAAGCAUGGAGAAGCUGUCUUCUUUCAGGCAACUGCUAGAGGAGAGGAGGGGAUGACGUUGUUCUUUGUUUGCUGCAAUCCCAGCUGUGGCCACCGGUGGAGGGACUAAUAUGCUGGAGUUUCAUCUAGUCCAAUGCACUUGUGCUGGGAGUUAUGGUAUAUGUAAUUGGGUUGAGGUCCAAGUUGUGUAGGAAAAAUUCUAAGCUGUACUGUUCAAGCCCUGAGAUGCUGUCGUUUCAGACACUAGUUUUGGGAUCCCUUAGUUCUAGGUUUGCAUGUGUUUAGACCAUCUGUUGACAUUAACAGGUACUGGAUUUUGCCAGAAUAGUAGUAUCUCGAUGUCCCUACUAUUUGGUUUGUCAAUGUAACAGUCUGGUUAUAACAUUUUAGGCUUUUUAACCUGUAUAGCUUUU